AUGUUUAUUUUUGUCAUAAUGCAAACUUGUGUAUCAUGUAAUACUAAAAACAAUGGCAUGAUUGCCAUCUAUCACCAUCCCAAUGAGCUCGAUGAAAUGUUCCAAUCCGUGACGGGUAUUCAGGUUAGGCCUAAAGAUCAUCUUUGCGUUCCAUGUUAUGAUGAGAUGAAAUCUGCGCACCGUUUCAAGCAGAGAUGCAUACAAAACAAUGUACUUCGUUUAUCAAUAGAAUCGUCUAAAAAUCCAGUCUCUAGCUCGCUGGAACAACGGGUAACUUGUACCUCAGGCGUUUCCACCACAUGCCCUGAAACAUGUAAAGACGAUGAAGUUCACCAAACAGUGAGGCAAGAGAUAAAUACGUAUGAGAACUGUGAAACUGAUAUAACCACUUCCAACACAAAACGAAAGGAUGAGUGUUUUAAAAAGGCUGUUAAAAAUUCCAACAUAAUAUUGUAUAUUGACAACGAGCAACACCACUAUGAUGAACCUCCCAGCAACGAAGAGCCGGAGCAACAAGAACAGGUGGAGGAAUAUACACUAAUGCACGUGGUACCGAUGGAAAAGGAAGACGGAGCCAGUUUACAUGAAGCUGGUUUUCGAGACGAUACGGAUACUGCGAAAGACAAUGCUUUAUUAGAUGUACCUAAUAAUCAGAAUGUUGAGCAGAAAAGGGAAGAUGAAAACAGUACUCGAAUUUCUCCCCGUUUACCGAAAGUGCACAGCUUGAUGUGCGAAUACUGCUUCCAAGAGUUUGACCAGCUGACAGACAAAAUAGAACACUCUGACACGCACCAAGCGGAACCCAAACCAUUUAAAUGCAUUCAUGCUGGCUGUAACGGUUCGUUCAAAGAUCGGGUUGGUUUGCGCGCACAUGUUCGAAUUCACGCGUCAGUAAAACGAUACGCCUGCCGAUACUGUUCCAUGCGCUUUCAUACACUUGGGAAUAGAAAUGCACACGAGCGCACUCACAACGGAGAAAAACCUUACAUUUGUCCCAAGUGUGGAAAAGGGUUUGCAGAAGCAGGUAAUCUUAAGAACCAUAUUCGCUUCCACAACGGGGAACGACCAUACCCUUGCAGCAUAUGUGAUAAAGCGUACCGAACACACUACUCUCGCUCUGUGCACAUGCGUUCACAUACGAACGAAAGACCAUUUGCUUGUGAUGACUGCGGAAAGAGUUUCUUUUCUUCCGGCAAAUUGACCAUCCAUCGGAGGAUACAUACUGGUGAACGACCGUAUGAAUGCUCAUCCUGCCCGGCACGAUUUACCGAUACGUGUGGACUGAGACGACACGUUGUUAAAGUACACUAA